AUGUUUCUCCUAAAGUUUCUCUUUGCCUUGCUGGCCCUUUUCACUUCUGUAAGUAACAAUCCAAUUACUUCCGCCUCUACCUCUACCUCUCUCUAUAUUUCUUUGAGCUAACUCCCUCACAGGUUCUGGCAACUCCCGCGGGGUUUCAAUACCCAGAGACAGAAUGGGAGUAUACCGGUACAUGUUAGGAAUCAAUCAUCUGCUUCAUUGCGAGAUAGAUACUAGUACACCCACACAGGGGCGGCCACGAAGUCUCUCUCAAGGGCACAGUUCAAGAACAACUCAAGCAAAUGAAGGAAUUAUUCCCAGACUUUGAUCCUCUUGCCAAAUUGCCACAGGACGAGCUUGUCGAGCGUGACGUGAAGAAUAAGGUUCGCUCUACGCAGUCUCCAAGAUCUUUUUAUAAGUAGAACUGACAAUUUUAGAAUGACCUCCUCUGCAAUCCUAUGACGGGCCAGGCUUCAUGGAAAUUUGCCAGAAAGCGCGGUGUUCUAGAGGGUAUCAAUUACCUUAGGACUCGUGACCUCUGUGGCGUGGAUGGCCAUUCCUGCGCGCGGAUUAGCUGUGAUCGAGAAGAUGGAAUCUGGUUGUGCAAUGAUAACGAUUAUCGAAUCACACCAAAGUGUGACUACAUUGCCUCGUACGCUUUUGAUAUCAUCCAAGAGUGUCGCCAGGGAAAUAUGGUUUGUGGUCAGCGGUUUGAUAGUGAUCGCUGUAAGUAUUCUCAAUCGUCCCCUCCUUCUGUGACUUAGAGCCUCCCGCAUCCUGAAGUUGAACUUCUUACAUGUCAAACAAAACUUCGCUGACUUGAUUGUGUUUUCCUAGAUAAUGUCCCCGUUCAUGUGGGUGAUUGUUGA